AUGUCUACGGCGCUGAGCGACAAAGCCAAAGGCAAGCAGCGUGCCACCGACCCAGGGCAGCCCAGCGAACUCGAGACCUCACCGUCGAAGGAUCUCACCAUCCGCUUCACGGAGGGCAUUCCGGACCUGACGGUCCAGGUGGUGCAGAAAGACACAGUGAAGGACGUCAAGGCCAACAUCCGCACCGCCCGCCCAGAACUCAAGGACAGACGCCUCAGGCUUAUUCACCAGGGACACUUGCUCGCAGACGGUGCGCAACUGUAUGCCCGAAUAGCGUCGCCCAUGUGGCAGCAACGCCGGAGGAAUGCUGGUGCGACGCCAUCGGGAGUGGGAGGUACGGACGACGGUGACGAUGAGGCGAUACGCGCGGCCGAGGAGAACGCGCAGGGCACGACGUGGUUGCACUGUUCUGUAGGGCCGCAGUUGAAGGAAGGCGAGGAGGAAGAAGGGAGAAUCCAGACUGCGCAGCUGAAGCCUUUGCGGGGUUUCGAUAGGCUCGCCGCGGCGGGGUUCAGCGAGCGGGAUAUUGCGAAUAUACGAUUGCAGUUCCAUGCGCAUUCCGCGGGGGACUACUUGGACCAAGAGUUCGAAGACCAAGAAGACUUCGAUGAGCACGCACGGGUCCUAGAAGAACAGUGGAUAGAUUCGCUCGACGGGCCGAAUAGCGACUUGUCCAACUCGCAGACGGCCGUGUCGUCGCUGCACAACGGGAUCCUAUUCGGGUUCUUCUUUCCGCUCCUACCCUUGUUCUUCUUCCGCGGACACAAGCCGGCGGUGUUCUGGGACGAUGGGAGCGAGCACGACGUGAUGGAAGAGCCCUUGUUCUCACGGAAGAUGCAGAUGGGCAUCGUGGUCGGGUUUCUGCUGAACGUCCUAUUCGGACUGUGGACGUAUUUGCUGUCUUCGAGUUGA